AUGGCUUUAAAUAGGUUAUUUUCGAAUCUUUCAAUCUCGGCUUCUACUAGUUUUAUUUACAGACGGACUCUGCAUGCUAGUGCUGUAAAAUUUGCUAGUAAACCAAAUAUUGUGAAACCAAAACCAGGAUUUGGUAAAAGUUACAGAAGAAUUGUACAUUUUCCAGAAGAGUACACCGUAAAACCUUUAGAAGUAACAAACUUAGCUGGUAGGGAUCCUGAAACAGGUCGAGUUGUUGCUAAAGGAAUAGGUGGUGGUAUAAAACACAAAUAUCAUUGGAUUGAUUGGGUCAGAGACGGACCAACUGAAGGAACUCCUCAAGAAGAAAAAGUUAUUCAGGUAUUGGAAGAUGGAUGUAGGACAGCACAUGUUGCUCUUGUAGCUAUUGGAGAUAAACUAAAAUAUAUUCUUGCUACAGAAAAUAUGAAAGCUGGUGAUAUUAUCAAAACAUCAAGGCUUUUACCUAGAAUACCAGUCAGGGCUAACGAAGGUGAUGCUUAUGUGUUGGGUGCUCUUCCAACAGGAACAAUAGUUCAUUGCAUUGAAAAAGAACCAGGACAAGGAGGAUUAUACAUCCAUGCAGCUGGUACAUUUGGCACAAUAUUAAGGAGGCAAAAUGAUAGAAUAGUAGUGCAGAUGCCUUCGAAAAAGCUUUUUAGUUUUAAUGAACAUUGUAUGGCUGUUGUUGGUCGUCUAUCCAAUGUUGAUCAUGGUAAUACACCAAUUGGUUCCCCACAGCGAAACAGAUGGCUUGGUAACAGACCUCGUUCUGGUCUAUGGAAAAGAAAAGAUGGCAGACAUGGAAGAAAAAUCAAGCCACCAAAGCCAGUUAAAGAAAUUUUUCACCCAACAAAGUAUUCUUUGCCCGCAAUAAAUUUGGACAUGCGACCUUAA